ACAUGCAUGUUGACAAUAUUUUGGCGGGAGAAGUGCGUUGUCUGUCUCGUUAUUUUUACUUUUUCGACAACAGAAUUCUAAGCGGACAGAGGACUGAAGAAGAGAGUAUUUAGAAUGGGAAUUUUAGGUCUAUCCAAGCUGUUAGGGGACUACGCUCCGUCAUCUAUGAAAGAGAAUGAAAUUAAAAACUAUUUUGGGCGGAAGGUUGCUGUUGAUGGUUCUAUGUGUAUAUACCAGUUUCUGAUUGCUGUGCGACAGGAUGGCAAUCAGUUGAUGUCAGAAGAUGGAGAGACUACCAGUCAUAUAAUGGGAAUGUUUUAUCGUACCAUCCGUAUGGUUGAAAACGGUAUCAAGCCAGUCUUUGUAUUUGAUGGUAAACCACCAGACAUGAAAUCAGGGGAGCUGGCAAAGAGAAAAGAAAGACGUGAUGUGGCAGAGAAAGCUCUAGCCGAGGCUGAGGAAAAAGGUGAUGCAGAAAAUGUUGAGAAAUUCAGCAAAAGAUUGGUAAAGAUGAACAAAGGACACAUUGAUGAUUGUAAAGUCCUGCUCAAACACAUGGGUAUACCCUUCAUUGAGGCUCCUGGAGAGGCAGAGGCCCAGUGUGCAGCCUUGGUAAAGUCAGGAAAGGUUUUCGCCACCAGUACAGAAGAUAUGGAUGCCCUUACAUUUGGUACUACUGUGCUUCUGAGAAACCUUACAGUCAGUGAGGCAAGGAAAUUACCUAUUAAAGAAUAUUAUUACAGCAAAAUUUUAGAAGAAAUUGGAUUACAAAAGGAUGAAUUCAUCGAUUUAUGCAUACUAUUAGGCUGUGACUACUGUGAAUCAAUUCGUGGCAUUGGACCGAAAAGAGCGAUUGAUCUCAUCAAACAGCACAAAUCUAUAGAAGAAAUAUUGAAGCAUUUGGACACAAAGAAAUACACAGUUCCAGAAGACUGGAUGUUCAAGGAAGCACGGCGGUUGUUCCAGGAGCCAGAUGUGACAGAACCUGAUGAUAUAGAUCUCAAAUGGACAGAACCAGAUGAGGAAGGUUUAAUACACUUCAUGUGCCAGGAGAAAAACUUCAAUGAGGACAGAAUAAAAAAUGGUAUUAAGAAGCUAACAAAGGCGCGUCAAGGGACCACUCAGGGUCGACUAGACUCUUUCUUCUCUGUUGUGUCAUCAACAACAUCGUCAACAAAAAAACGAAAGCUGGAAGAACAAAAAGGAUCGUCAAAGAAGAAGGGCCGAGGAGGUGGUUUUAGACUGGGGAAAUAGGUCACAUUGAUCCGUUCAAGAUCUGAAAGAAAUUAUGAUCUCUUUCUGUUACUGCAAUUUACAGUGGUAGCCUGAAAGAAAAUCCAUUGAACAAACAGAAUAGAGGAUGUAGACAAUUGAUGAACUGUACUGAAGCCUGUUCAUGUAUGGGGAAUGACUGGUUCAUCUAACUGUAUUGAGUUGAAGACAUACUCCACACUAAAUGUAAAUAUUUGGGAAUAUAAAUCUUCAGCGUCUAUCAAUAUAGGUAUGGUGCUUUCCUGUAGAUCUGGAAUCCAACAGUUUUGGAAAAUUAAUUAAUGGACAAGCUUAUUUAAGAAAGUAAUGAAAUUUUUAAUAAAAGGUGUAAUGUGAAUGCAGAGUAAACCUUAUGCCAGACUGGUUUUGAGAAAUUAAAAUGUCUGCAUUACUUAUAAUUGUUCAUUAUAUAUUAAUUAUCACUUCAGAUAGAUUAAGAUUUGCAGAAGAAAUAUGUGUCACUAGUGAUAUAAGAUCACUUGAUCAGAAUGUAUUAAAGUGUUACUAAGCUUAUUUUCACCAUAGUUCACAAGGUUUAAGUAGUUGGUACAUGUAAUAAGAGGCAGACACACACUUAUAAUAGGUUCCCCUGCAAAACAUCACUCAAAAUAGGUUUCCACUCCAAAACUUCCAAUUUUAGGUUUUAGUACUUGCCAAGAGGGAGACUCCUAUCCUCUGUACAUUUCAGGUAAUUUUGUUUGAAGAAACGGCCAUCUAAGGAUAUUUCUUUCAAUCUGCUCCAUAACAUCCGUAUUUAAACCUUAUCACCACCAAACUUCUUAGAAGCUUGUUAGAAAUAGAUACUUAUACUUGUUCAGGUCAUUUCUCCAUAGGUCAGUAGUAUUGGAAGUUCAAGUUCUGCUUCAUAACUUGCUUACCUCAUCUUCACCAAACUUUUUGAAGUGGUGGUACUGACUCUGUAUAUUGUUAUACCUAUACACUUAUGUUCAUAUUUGACCUGUUAUGUACUGUUGUCCAUAGUGCUCUUGUUUAAUCUUCAGCAAGAGGGAAUGAUGCUAUACUUUAAACACCUGUUUGUCGUUAAUGAGAAUUAUAUUUAGAUCGUGUUUUGGUGAUUUUAUUAUUGUCUUAUUAUGCACGGCCAUAUUUUGUUGCAAACAAAAUACACUGACUAUUGA